CCCAGAGAUGUCGAAAACGAAGACAGUUGCUUCGUUGCUCUUCACAUUGCUGCUUGUUCAUGGCUCGAUCGGCCAGAAACUGCAGCAGGAAGACCCGUGCCAGACAAAGACGCGCGUGGUAGGCGACGUGGAGUACUGCGAUCGCUACUGGGAGUGCGUCAACGGCAGACCCGAGCUCUUCGACUGCCCCAACGGUCUGGUGUUCGCCGGCAAGCAUCGCGGCGUCACCGAGGGCUGCGACUACCCGUGGCGCGCCAACUACUGCGAGGGCAAGCGCCAGGCCAACCCACCGAUCCAGGCCGAGCACUGCGACUGGCUCUACGGCAUCUUCGGCCACGAGACAAGCUGCACGAGGUAUUGGACCUGCUGGAACGGCACAGCCACUGAACAGCUUUGCAUCGGUGGACUGCUCUACAACGAGAGGUCCAGAUCCUGCGACUGGCCCGAGAACGUCGAGGGAUGUCAAAAGCACCCUCUUUGUAACGACGACCCCAACGGUAACGUACCCCUUGGCAAGUCCUGCAAUCGCUACUGGCAAUGCCAGGGUGGAUACCCACGUCUGCAACGCUGCCCAGCUAUGUUGGUGUUCGAUCGUCGCUCUCUGCGCUGCGUCGUGCCCCCAACGGAAGACUGCGACGUGCCACCGACGCCACCAGGCUACGACGGUGAAUUGGGACCCGACGGUAACGCUCAAGAACCCGAGGAGGAAAAUCUUCCCCCCGGUGUCUCGCCUCUGCCACCCCAAGUUAGCAAUAACAAUAACCACAAUGCCAAUCAGCAACUGAGGGGCCACCAAAACCAUCAGCAACAUCAGCAAAACCACCAGUUGCAGCAGCAACAGCAAAGAAACAGAACUUAAACUCGUUGUGAUGCGAUCGUGUUCACUUGGUCGUUUUAAUCCAUCGUCAUCAUUAACAUUAUUUUUACGUCAUGAUGUAACUCUUUAGCUUUUAUGUACUCAUGAAAUCGUAGAUUUUGCAAAACUGAGAUGAACAACUACCGUAAUUAUAUCGCGAUGAUGCACAAGACAUACUCUCUUAUACCUAAAUUUUACUUUGCUCUUUUGCAAACGUUCAUUGGUUUUUGUUUUUUAUUUUUUCUACUUAGUACUCUAAUUUAUAAAUGUAUUCCUUACAAUUUGUCUGCUCCACAGUUCUAUAAUGUGAAGUUACGUGUAUGAACGGCUUAGAUAUGUUUACAUAUAUUUUAAUAGACGUAUUUGGUAGUAAGGAAAAUGUGCGAAUGUGUUAAUUGAAUGAAUAAAUGUUAAAUAUGCUAUUUUUGAUAAAAAUUGUGAAUGAAGUAAUGUAAUUUCUUCCUUGGAAUGGACUUGAGUCCUUAA